AUGUCCGAGUCUGCACAGGUUUCCGUUCUUUUUGUUUGCCUGGGCAAUAUUUGUCGAUCUCCCAUGGCCGAAGGUGUUUUUCGCUCCAUGACGAAAUCCCAUCCUCGCAUCGACCAGGUUGACUCGGCUGGUACUGGCGCCUACCAUACACUCGAACCUCCCGAUUCUCGGACAAUGGCUACCCUUCGCCAGCAUGGCAUUAUAUACUAUGAGCAUCUCGCCCGGAAAAUAGAUGGAAAAGACUUUCACACUUUUGACUACAUUUUGGCCAUGGAUGCAUACAACCUCAGAGAUUUGAAACGGCUGCAGCGGAAAAUCGAAAGCAAUGGACAAAGUACCAAAGCACAAGUCAUGCUCUUUGGUGAUUUCAGUGGCAAGAAGAAGACGGAAGAAGUCAUUGAUCCCUACUACGGUGUCGAUGACGGGUUCGAAACCGUUUACGAGCAGGUCGAACGGUUCUCCAAGAAUUUCCUCGAGCAAGUCGUCGAUAAAAAGGCGUGA